GUGCCAACUACGGAUCAUCAAAUGUGUUCUUAGAAAAACAAUAUUAAAUUUUUACUGAGUACCCGAAAGAUUGAAGUCUAUUUUUUAAGUGCAUACAUUUUACAAAUGAAUAUAACUGUUAACUAUCACAGACCUAGUCAAUUACUAUAUUUUCUUACUUUCAAUAAAUUAUUUUGAAUAAAGUUUUGUACCUCCAGUAUACGCUUUAUUAUAAUGAGUAUGAUAUCAUAUAUCUGCUUAAAUUGAGAAAUCGUUGACGUUCACAACAUCAGUCAUAAGUUUGGAACAAUGACGUAUAAAACUAAAAACAUACUGUUUGGAUAUUCUGAUAAAUUAAAUGUGAAGCGUGGAAUUUUCAAAACCAGUUAUUAACAAACAUAGAGAUAUACAACAAAAGCUAGAUCAGAUUUCGUCUCUUAUUAUCAUCAUUAUCGUAUUCGUAAUGAUAUAUUAUAGACGAAUACAAAGCUGUUGAAUAUUUCUAUAACAUUUGUGUCAAAAAAUAUGUGACAAGCGUACAAUAACUUGUGAAUUACAUAACUCUCCUUUCAGUAGACGAGAACCAUUUAUCUUACGUCCUGGAAACGGAGUCACACUUAUUGAAUUAUAUCAAUUACUUCUGUUUGAGUUUUCGUCAUCUAAAAUCAGUUGAGCAGUUGAUCAAAGAAUGCAUAUAUUCAGUGAUUCUAUUCUUCAAAUACUUUUGGAUCAUCGUAUAAAAACUAAUCUUUGUACUAAAAAAUAUAAGAAAUACCUGUCUGAUUUUCAACAACAACAACAACAAAAACAAAUGAUUAGAAAAAUUAGAAAUUCAAAUAAUGAAAUUCAAAGAAAAUCGGAACAAUUUAACCUUCACAUAUUUAAACCAGAAUCUAUACAAUAUUCAAAAUUCAAUAAAAUUGAUUUUUACAAAAAUUUACCGCUUCAUUUAAAAAAUGAAAGUUUUAUAAAUAUUCAUAAUUUAAUUAAAUCAAAUAGAAUAAUUUUAUCAAAAUGGUUAAAUCAAUUAUCAUAUUCAACAAAUUUAACAAAAAUUAUUAAUUUAACUGAACAAUUUACAAAUUUAAUAUUAGAUUUAGCUUAUGAAAGAAUUAAACUUAUUCUUUUAUAUGAAUUUCAACGUAUAUUAAAAAAUAUAAUUAAUAUAGAAUCAUUAAAUAAAAAUUAUUAUACUAAAUCUACUAUUUCCAAAGAAUUAUGGAAUAAUUUAGUUUAUAAUAAACUUUAUACAGAAUAUAUUUUUAAUGAAUUCGAUGUACCUGUUACAUUAAUCAAACCUAAAUUAAUACAAUCAGUUUUCAAUGAGAUUGAUUAUAAUGGAGAUGGAAUUUUCACACCAUCGGAAUUGGAAAUAUUUUUACAAUUUCAUGAGAUAAUGCUUUAACUGAUCAAUUCACUUCUUAACAAACCGGUGUGUAACUCAAACAACAAACAGUGAUGUUUGGAAAAGAGGUGAUUAUUUAAAAAGGAACAUGAGGAAAAAAUAGCAAACGGAUUAGAUAUUUCAUGUGGCAAUUUUAUUUCAAGUACCAAUCUCUUUUGCUUUUGCUUACAACAAGACUUCUAUCUCAGUUAACUCAAUAUUAAUGCCAUUGCAAUUACUGUUGUCGUUGUUAUACUAUUGACUGUUAUCACCAAGUACUUCCUUGACCCUGCUUGAUUGUGAAUGUGUUGUUAUUUGGUCAAAUAAAUGUGGUGAAAAUAAAGACUAGAUGUAAUGAGUUUUAACUUCGAAUAUCUGCAAAAUGGAAUCAUUUAGCGACUGGCGAAGUUCCAUCAUAAUAAGAAAGUAAUGAUGUGUUGUAGUGUAUAAAACACUAGUUGGGGACAAUGGAAUGUAGUUAGACACAAAUUACAGACUAUCU